ACCUUAAAAUUCCAAACAAAUAAAACAGACUUGAGGAUAGCAGCUAAACUGGUCAACAGUCCUACACUGUUUUAACACAUCUAUUUUGAAGAAAACAUGGAGAAAUAUUUGUUUCUCAUCUAUUUAUUCAAAUCAUUAACAGGUACACACAAUGCACCAACUAUCUCAGGUGUGAACCCACUGAAUCUUGAGAUUCAAGAAGAUACACCAGUGCAUCGUCUGCUCACCACUAUCACUGCCACUGUGGCAGCAGGAGAUAACUUGGUUGGUGGUCCAGUUAUCAUUAAUGCUGAUCCAGCGGAACAUCCAUUUGACAUUAUUCCAAAUGCAACAAAUCAAUGGGAUCUAGUGACAACAAGCAGCCCUGAGCUUGAUUUUGAACGCACUCCACGUUUCACACUUCAACUGCUUGUGAAAGACCAGAAGGGUAGUUCAGCUUCCCAAACCAUUGUAAUCAAGAUUCUUGAUGUAAAUGAGCCGCCUGUCUUUCUGGGAACUUUGGGUAAUCAAGAUGCUGAAGUUUAUAUUGCAGAAAAUACUCCGGUUGGCACAGUAAUAUACAAAGUUUCAGCGAAAGAUCCAGACAAAAAUGAUGUCCUGGAGUAUUCAUUAUCAGGCACCACAGACUUCCAGAUAGGUGCUACAGGUUCGAUAUCAAUUGGGAAGACUCUUGAUUAUGAAGGUGGAUCAAAGAGCUAUUCCUUGGCAGUGAAGGUAAAUGAUACAAGUGGUCUCUUUGUUACUGGAACCGUGAAUGUAUUCAUCACCGAUGUCAAUGAUAACAGUCCAGUAUUAUCUUGCACUUUCAAAAGUAUAACUGUUGGCAAGGAAACAGAGUUGAAAGAAGAUUCUACUUCGGGGAACACAGCAAUUAUGGAGUUAGACGAAGAGCUGGCUGUCGGAACAGUUAUUGCCACAUGCACAGCUACAGAUGUUGAUAUUAAGAGUAAAAUCAGCUACCAGCUUGAUCCUGCAAAUUCUUAUUUCACCAUUGACAGCGGAAAGGUGGUUGUUUUUUCUCAAAUGGACAGGGACCAAAAUGGAUUUCAGGCAGUCCAGACGUUCUCUGCUAAAGCAUGUGAUGAAGAUCUGAAGUGUGCAACUAUUCCAGUCAGAACGAACAUUAUUUCAGUUAAUGACAAUGCUCCUUCUUGCAACCCAUCUGUUUAUAGAAUUUCAUAUCCUGAGGUAGUCCUUCAAGGAACAGUGGUAGCAACUUUAAUCUGUACGGACUCAGAUGUUCCAAGCGACACCUUAUCGUAUCUUCCCAUAAGUGGGUCUCUUGGCCCUGGAAGUACCUUUGUCCAAAAAUCUGGUGCAGAUCAUGUUAUACAGGUAGGAGCUAAAGACCUGGAUUACGAAGAUGUAGCUGUUGCUGCUGUCGGUUUUACAUACACAAUGAUGAUAGCUGUGUCCGAUUCAACUAUCUCCACUCACACUGGAAUGGUUGAAGUGAAAUCGGGCUCAGCUGCUCAAGAUUCGAGAUUCGUUUAUUAUCAAAGAAUGCAUACGUUAUACGACCUUGAGAUUUGUUUGCUCACAGCAACUGCCACAGUGAUUGUAGAAGUUACACCCAUAAACGACUUCAGUCCAGUAUUUGAGAAGAAUCCGUAUCGCUUUGAUGUUUUGGAAACAGAAGCAACAAAACAGAAGAUUGGGAGAGUUGUUGCAACAGAUAAUGAUUUUCCACUGAAUUCCGUGACCUACAAAAUCAUUUCUGGAGACAUGCAAGUAAUGGCACGGUUCUGGAUCGAUCCAAAAGAAGGAAUUCUGGAGCUGAUAACACAGUUAGAUUAUGAAUCUGUCAAAGAGUAUACUCUCACUGUCGAAGCUGUGGAUAGUGAUCCUAAUCAACCUAAAACUGCAGUCACCCAGGUCAUCAUCAAUAUAAUAGAGGAAAAUGAUGAAAAACCUAUUUGCUUUCCACUUACUUACAAAGCAACUAUUCUUGAUAACAUUGCUGUUGGAACUAAUAUCAACAGCUUCAGACUGAGCUGUCAAGACAGAGAUUCCAGUCACAAUGAGACACGCUUUGAGAUUGUAUCAGGAAAUGUGAACCAUCAUUUUGGUUUUGAUCCUGUCCGUGGACUUAAUACUCCUAAGCUGAUAGUAACAGCUCCAUUUGACUUUGAGGGGAAAGUAGACAUUCAGCAUCAAUACCAUCUUGUUGUUCACAUCAUCGAUGAUAAUAUUAAUAAAGUGAAACCAAGGACAGGAACUGUGCUGAUUGACAUUACCGUAGUUGAGACAAGAACAACUGCUCCCACAACGACAUCCUUUUAUGAAAGAAAAGGACUGAUUAUCAUUAAGAGUGCAGUGAAUACCUAUAAUGGAUCAGAUUGGUAUGUUCCCUUUGUUAUCACGUUGCUGGCAAUCAUGUUGGCUAUCCUGUUUGCCCUGGCUCUUUAUCUUAUCUUGACCCGGACUAAAUGCAUACAAUGCUGCAGCAAAGCAUGCACGAGAAAGCCAAAACUACCUCCCAAGAAAGUGAAGAUUUAUGCACCAGAACCUAAGAAAGAAAAAGUGGAAGUGCUAACAGAGGUAACUAAAUACGACACUGUUUUCAAUGGGCAAGCAGUCGAUCCAGUUUCUGGAAGGUUGUAUGAGUACAACAGUGCAACAGGUGCCAGGAAGUGGAAGGAAGAAAAUGUACCAGAUGUGGAAAACAGAAAUACAGCACCCAAAGUACAAAAGCCUGAGAAAUCUCCCUCUCCGAAAUAAAGAGAAAUUAUUACAACAAAUAGGAAGAGGAGAUCUCAUAAAUAGGUUUAUCCUGAAAAAGGAUCUACGUUUAUCCUCUUAAUCAAUAUAGGAUUGCUUGUUUAAUAGUUUGGGAGACAUUUUACAAGGUGAAUAAAGAUAUGCAUUCAGAAUAUUAUUGAGUUAUAUUUUUAAUUAAAAAGUUUGGAUUUUGAGAUUUGAUUACAAUUACUGAUUUAGCUUUACUUUGCAACCAAUAGGUUAUAUCAAAUGUUAUUGUUGACUUCCAAAAUAUCAUAAAAGUACCGUUUUGCUGUAAUUUAAAAACCUGCUUUUUACAGGGUAACAGAAAUAAUGAUAGUUUGAUGAAUAAAUAAUGAAGCAAUUUUCUAGUCAUUCCUUGAUUUAAUCAAAUUAGUGGAGCAUUUAUGAAGUCUGUAUUAUUGUUUUAUCAAUUCACUACCAGUGGAACUAUAAUAGUACAGAAUUGGUUUAAGUAUGUUGCUUUCUUGGGUGCAUUUACUAAUAUAGAAGGAGACCAUUCAGGCUAUUAACUUUGUGUUGGCUUCCAGUAGGGCAACCUGUCAGUCCCAUUUUCACCUCUUUGCAACUUCAUCUGUCUCAUACCCAUUAACGCACCCUUGUCCCUUUUGCCUCUUAAAUAAUGCAGUGGAUAAUUUAUAUUAACCAAUUAAUCUCCCAGCCCAAAACUGGGAGAAGUACAUGAUGGAGAGGGGUUCAUGGAAAGCCAAUGCAUACAGCAGCUCAAACCAUGUCCAUUAGAAAAGUAAAAGCCAUUCUUGGGUAGCAAACAGUUUCCUUCUUUAUCAGAUGUCAAGUCAGUCUUUGAUUCAGUAUGGUAGCUCUAUCUUCACAGUAUUGUACUAAAUGAUGCACAAGCACACAUGACUGAGAAGAAAGAACAAUUACAGGAAGUAGAGCGAGAGCUGAAACUUGUUCUGCUGUUUGCAGGAGUGAAGGUACCGUGUGUAUGUUGAACAUUUAAAUUUAAUAAUAAUAAUACAGGAACUCCGUCAUCUGUAGGAGUGUCCGUAACUUGGAUUUUUGUAACCUGGGGAUGGCUGAACAACUUCUAUAACUGGAACUGUGAGGUGGCACCGCUGACUGCUGUACCCCUAUUCCAAUUAAAUAUCCCAAAUCCUCAAAUAUUCUAUUUCAACUUGAUUUCUAAAUGUUCUUUUGCUUGGCGGGUGAGAGCAACAGAAACAUAAGAUAAGGCUUGACAUUGCCACCCAGUUACUGGAGAACUGCAAGCUAAGAGAACUGGAAUGGGAGCUGUGACAUUUCUUUCACAUUUUUGAUAUCCAAAGUGUGAGGCACAAUAUUUGAAAAUGUGGCAAAAAGCAUGAAGAGAUGCAGGGACAAUAUAUUUGAUGUAUAUCAGUAUUUUUUUCAGCUUCUCAAAAUAACCUUAAUAACGAACCUAUUCUAAUCUUGUCAAU